UUACAGGCUCCAGUUUAACCAGUCAACGCUGAACCCGAGCCACUGUGAACACGGAACAGGGCUGAAAACCCACUUCAGCCCCCAGCCGCACGCACCGUACGCCGCGGUGCGUUUGGAUAACUGCCUGUCUGCACCGCCCCGCCGGCAGCAGUUAGACCAAGCGCUUCCUAAACGUGCUUGGCAGACCAGCGGAACGGCUCUGCACGUUAACGCGAACCGGACCGGACCGAGUCGUACUAGACUUACCUGCUUCUGGAGCAGCGGAGUGAGACAGCAGGGCACGGACGGGUUCGUACGGUUCUUCUUCAGGCGCGCGGGAGGCGGGUCUUCCUCCUACUGUAGGCUCCGUCUCCCCUCAGUCUGCUCUGACCUGCAGGGAUGAGGGCUGCAGCUCCGGGAGGAUUCCUGGUGCUACCGUGGCCCGGCGGAGGGGGUGGCUCGGACCCAGAGAUGGAGCCGGGGCCCGGAGAGGAGAGCCGCGGGGGCCUGCUGAGGUGUGGAGCUCUGCUGGGAGUCGCGCUGUUCUGUGUGGCGGUGUUGAGGAGGUGGAUUGCAGGUGGAGUGUGUCGCUGUGCUGUUCGUCUGGAUGGAAAGACAGUCCUGAUCACUGGAGCGAACACAGGCAUCGGCAAAGAGACCAGCAGAGAGCUGGCAUGCAGAGGGGCCCGAGUGGUGAUGGCGUGCAGGGACCUGACCCGGGCGGAGCAGGCGGCAGAGGAGAUCCGCCGGUCGACAGGAAACGGUAACGUAGUGAUCAGACACCUGGACCUGGCCUCCCUUUAUUCUGUCAGACAAUUCGCUAAAGACUUCCUGGAAAGCGAGGACAGACUGGACAUCCUUAUCAACAAUGCAGGAGUCAUGAUGUGUCCCAGAUGGCUGACAGAGGACGGUUUUGAGACUCAGCUGGCUGUCAAUCAUCUAGGUCACUUCCUGCUAACCAAUCUGUUGCUGCCAAAGCUGAGGAGCUCCACCCCCAGCCGCGUGGUCACUGUGUCGUCCAUCGCCCACCGGGGGGGUCGUAUCGACUUUGACGACCUGUUCUUCAGCAGGAGGCCGUACAGUCCGCUGGAGAGCUACAGGCAGAGCAAACUAGCCAACGUCCUGUUCUCCAGAGAACUCGCUCGACGCCUCAAAGGCUCUGGGGUGUCGUCGUUCUGUCUCCACCCCGGUGUGAUCCGGACCGAACUGGGUCGUCACGUUCAGAGCUGGGUCCCCCUGCUGGGGAUACUGCUGAGCCUCCCGUCCCUGCUGCUGAUGAAGACUCCCACUCAGGGCAGCCAGACCACCGUGUACUGUGCCGUGACGCCGGGCCUGGAGGGACGAUCCGGUCGAUACUUCAGUGACUGCGCAGAGAAGGAAGCAGCUCCCGAGGGGCAGGAUGACAUGGCGGCGAGGAGGCUGUGGGAGGAGAGCGCCCGAUUGGUCGGAUUAAAGGAAACGUGCUGACCUGUGACCACAGCCCUGAUGUCCAUGCACAGCAGGGAAACAGGAAGUGAAUUAUCGUGGCUGUAGUGGCCCCAUCAGGUCAGAAAAUGAAAAGAAUGACAUCAGCAUCAGUGAGAAACUCACUCUUUUUGUGUUGGUUGGUGUUUUAUCGUCACUUUGUAGGUCAUAAUUAAGUCAUUCUCAUGACAUAAAUUGUGGAAAUUUGAGCAUAUUUUAGAGAAUUUGUAUUUCUCAUUUAAUUUAUUUUGCAUUAAAACAGGGAACCAAAACUUUUCUGUGGAGGUAAAUUGAUUGUUUUAUUAUUAUUAAUUUAAAGUUCAAUUAAAAUAGAAACUUGUGAAAAAUAGAGCCUAGAGAGACACACUCGUAUCAACCAGGUGCCUGAUUGGACAGAAUUUGACUUUUGACCUUUGACCUGCAGUGAUGUCUCAGGUUAAAUAAAGGCUGGACAGACUGUCUUUUUAGUUUGACGACAGUUUCAUCUAAAGCAGCGUUCCAACAUCAGCAUGCUCCCUUGUUGUUCCCUGUAAGUUGUCGUAAUGUUUCCAUAACGUUCCCUUCAUACAGCAUCGGGUACCUUUAAUGUUGUUCUUUAAAUAUCUCAUUGAAGCCUCCUUGAUUUUUCGGUAACGUGUUACUUUAUGUUGGUCUUCAGCUUUAUGAAUAUGAAGAACCCUGUUUGUGUUGUUUUAUUAAUGACAGACAAAAGUUAAAAUAAAGUUGGAUGUUUUGUUUCCGCAGGAGAUUUAGUAGCUUUUAAAACACGUUUGACCCAUGUCAAGCGUCUUUCAAAAUUCAAAAUGUUUUAGAUGUUUUAGAGACAGCAGUUUGUGACAUGAUUGUACUUUUCUGAAUAAAAGAUCUGAUGUUUCACAUGAA